AUGCUGUGUCAGACCAGUAUUUCUUUGCAGUCGUGGUACAAAGAAGGAAAGAAAUAUGAAACUUCUUAUUUAAGUAUUGUCAUCAGCUCACAAGCAGCUCCUUUAUUGGUAGAGACUCAUGCCUUGCCAGAGGUAGGCGCCAGUACGCAGUACAAAAGUCAAGAUAGCUUAGGUAAUUACGCAUUUGGCUAUAAUGAAGAUCAUACAAGUGGAGGAAGUUUCAGAAAAGAAUUCGGAGACUCUUUAGGUAACAAAAUUGGUUCUUAUGGUCUUCACAAUGCUGAUGGGAGAGCUCGGGUUGUUAACUAUGUGGCAGACAGCGCUGGAUUUAGAGCAGAUGUUCACACUAAUGAACCUGGAGUCGAUCCUACCCAAGACUCUGCUGAUGUGACAGUCAACAAGCCAGUUGUGGUGGCACCACUUCCAACUGCCAUUGCCCAUCCUGUCGCCGUCACCAAACAUCACACGGCUGUUCUUGUUCACAAUCCUACAUUUCAUGCAAUCCCUGUAGAAUCUUUCUAUACACACGGCCAUCUCUUAUUGCGGCGGAUGCCGUUAGCACCCUACUUUGAAACUGGUUUACUAUUACGGCAUUUCCUUUCUAGAAAAAGUAUAAAACCGCCGUAUUUAAACCCUGCUGGUAUCCUGAUCGUUCAGUUCGAAGCAAAUUUUAACUUUAAACAACUCAACUAUACUCUAAUUAUGAAGAUACUUGUGCUCUUUUUGCUGGUGGUCUCCUGCUAUGCCCAAUUCCAGUUCGACACACCUGUGGCUUCAACGAGACUUGGAGAUGAUGGAACUUCGUCGAUUACUCAGCACUAUAGAAACGACAACCAAGGGAACUAUGACUUCGGCUACAACGAAGGGCAUAAUGAAGGUGGCACCUUCAGGCGCGAGAGGGGAGACGCCUUCGGUAGGAAGAUCGGGACCUACGGUUACACGAACAACGAGGGUCUCAUUCGCAUUGUAAACUACGUCGCCGAUGAGAACGGAUUCCGGGCUGAACUGAAGUCCACAGAACCUGGAGUUGACGAAAAAGAGCCUGCCUCUGUUAUCGUCUUCAAAGAGGACACACCAACCUUGAUGACCUACCCAGGUCCUGAAGCAGCUGCUGUACCUGAUGCCGAAGGAAACAUUCCUGGAAUCGACCCACAGUAUAAACCUCCAGUUCUACAGGCCCCAUUAAGUCAGCCAUUGCAAAGUGCUGCAUCAGCACCUAUACCUUACGCCAUGGCUCCAGUCAACAGCAAUAUCCAACAAGCUGGCUCAGUCAGAGUGAUGGUGUCAGGACAAAAUGGCGCCUACUCAUAUUCCUAUUAAAAUGUGAUCUUAAGAAAUAUUGUAAAUUACAUUGAAUAAAAUUUUUCAUAUAAGUUGUAAAA